AUGCCUGAAUCGACGAGGGCCUCCCCACGCGCCGCGCGCUCACUCGCCGGCGCCGGCGUGCUGCAGGCCGAAUCUGGCGAAGAGAAGCGGAUUGGGAUGGGUGCUGGCGAUGUGCAAGGUGACGGCCGCUCACGGCGGGGAGCCAUGGGCCUGUCCACCCGGCCGCCUGGAGCCCGCUGCACCGCUGAUUCGCGACGCCCUCGCUUUGGCUGGCGAGCGCCGUGGCUGGUGCGAGGCUACGCUACGGCGCGUCAUGGAGGCCCGCCUCACCGCCGGCCCAAGGCAGCACCGCGAGGCUUCACCCUCCAAAGGGCGGCAUAUGCCUUGACCGUUGCUGCUGGUGCUGGUGCUGCUGCUGGUGCUGGUGCUGCUGCUGGUGCUGGUGCUGCUGCUGGUGCUGCUGGCUCCGUCCGUCCCAGCAAGCAGGGCUGCGGUGAGCCCUCGCCAGCGACGGUCGAGACCACCUCCUCUGCCUGCGAACCAGCGGCACUCGAGACGAUGACCGCAAUAGGCCCGCGCAAAUUAGUCGUCAUGUUCGAGAUGGUGUUGGCCGUAAUACUCGGCCUUUUCGUCCCGCGUCCAUGCGGCCUGCCGGGCCCGGGUAAUCAUCGUGUCUCGUUCGCUCUCGUGGUCCCUGAAUCCUCUGGCCCGAAGUCAUGGAUAAGGUUGGUGAGAAAGCGUGAACCGCACGCUGGAGAGGCCCUGUCCUGGGACGCCAUAACCUAUCACGCCGCCGCCCAACCCCUCCUGCCCGUCUCUGCAGUGUAACCGGCUUGCUUGAGCGCAUGAAUAUUGCCUGCCUUGCUGCCACGGGAUUCCGUCGUGCACCAAUACCAAUGUAACGCCUCCCUGCGACACGUCGGGAGAGAUCUCACCAUAUCUAAUAAUGUAAACAUCGCCCGUAGCCUUGUCGCCCGCAAUCUACUAUCUCGUCCCUUCACGUGCAGGACGUGGAGGAUGUUCAUGUGCUCGCGAGUCCUUCCAUAUGGGCAUGUGACAUUUGCGGGGAGAGAAGUGGUCUGCUUGGAAAAACGCUACCAUCGCCCAUGGAUGGCCACGAUGGCUAUUUUGGGUGCUUUGACCAGGCGUUGCACUGGACGUCCGCUACCACAGCCCGGCAGGGCUACGAAACCUUCCACUCAGAGGUGUUUGGUAGCUUUCGCUAACGACGAGCCUGGAUGUUUAGGAAAGGGCAUGCGAAGUGGUAGACUAUUUUAGUCUUGUCGCCCUCGUCGGAGAGUAUGGGCUCGCAAGCU